AUGUUAUACUUUUCCACUGUUAUGUAUAUUCCAUUUUUAAUUAUUUUUGGCAUUUUCCAUCUAAUUGUUAUGCCUAGGUCUAUCUUGUUGCUUACUGCCUAUUCAAUCGCUUCGGUAUAUAUUACUAUACAGCUAAUGAUGAUUGGAUGUUUCAAACGAUUUGCGAAAUAUGUUACACCGUGUACUUCGCCAACGGUAUGUCGAUUGUUGCUAUGGCUAACUAUGAUUGUAGCUACUGUUACUACAUCACUGAAUAUGUUUUUGUGUCGUCCAAUCAGUGAAAUACAUUUGGUCACUGAUCCAACUGGUCAGAUAAAUUUCGUCGAUUCACAUCAACGUCAAGCAAAACAAUUUCAUCCAUUCAAUGAUUUGAAGAGAAAUUUCACCAUCUCAACUUUACUAGUAGAUUACAAUAGUUUUGAAGAGGAAAGCUUUUUGUCAUCAUCAUCGCCAAGUACUUCAAUGGUUGUUACAACAAGUCCUAGCAACCUCAGUAACCAUAUCAGUGAACAUUAUUGUUUCUUCUACGACCAAUUUAUCAUAAUUGGUUGUUUAUCAAUGCUAAUUUCGGGUUUAUUGUCCUCUGCAGCUUUGUAUGCAACAAAUAGGAAAGCAAAGUUAUCAGUUGUCAACAUGUCUGUUCAGAGGAUGGAUGAGACAUUGGAGUUUAUUGCUACACCUCAAUUAACCCGCGUUUUCAUUGGUUUGAUAAUAUUCACCCUACAUAUUGGUAUAAUCUUAUGGACUACUGAUUACAAUGGAUUGUUUUAUGUAUUUCAAGCUAAGAACGAAGGGUAUGCAGACAAUAACUCAUCGACAUUGACAUCAUCCAUUCAACCAAAUCUGUUCAGUCGAAGUUUUGUACACAGUUUAUUUGCUCAAUUUGCCUUUUUCUUACUGACUGUUCUAUUGCCUCGAAGUUUAGAGUAUCAGAGUCGGUUAAUCAAACAAUGGAAACUGAAGAGUCAAUCAGCUGUGGAGAAAUUGUCUUUGACAAGUUUAGCCUUAGCACGUCUACUAAUCUCGAUUGUACCGCGUUUUGUGAUAGCUAAAAUAUCAAAUCCUGAGAGAGUAACAGAAAUUUUUAGUAAACCAUACCAUAAUAUUGGUGUUGUGUUAAUACAAUUUAUUGUAGUACCAUCAAAAUCAUCGACGGUAGUACUGACUCAAUCGCAACCGCAACCUCAAACACCACCACCACCACCACAACAACAACAACAACAAGAAAGGCAAACGUAUAAUUCUGCAGCAACAGCAAGGACUUCUGAUGAUAAUAAUUCCAAGUUGAAGGCAAAAUCGAUCAGUGAAGAACCAAUACAAAUUGCUGAUCGAAUCCGUUUGUUGAAUCGUGUUAUCCACUUGGUUGAUUCACUUGCCGUCGGACAAAAAACCACAUCUCAACAGUCUUCAACACAGUCGACUGCUGCUAAUGAUGAAGCGAAACCAAGCCGAAACAAAGAAGAGAAGGAGAAAGACAGUACUGGGGAUAAAGUGUUUGGGCUUUCAUCAUCAUCGUCGUCAACAUCUACUGACUCAUCAUCAACAACUAACUUUAAUUUGCUUAAAAUUUAUGCUGGAGGCUCUAUGGUCGGUUAUGCUACUGGUAUUGAAGCGAUUGAUGAUGCGGCAUGUCAAAAUCAUCAUCCUGAUCAAUCAGCUAUAACAUUGCAAUGGACUAGUUUGAUGAAGUUUCUUGAAAAAGUGAUUAUUAUUUGUGAUGAAUUGAAUCAACAGAAGAUGAAAUUGUCGACCUCCACUUCAUCAUCAUCGCCUUCAAGCGCACAAAUUUAUGUUCAAGCUGCACUUCACACGGGAUCAUGUAUCCUUGGUUUUGUAUCGAAUCAACAUCCGGUUUUUACUAUGUGGGGUGAACCAUUGGAAAUAUGUCGUCAACUUUUAUCGAAACAUCAAUUGACUCAUUUAAAUUCACAACAUUUUCUAUUAACAACAGAUGAGUUGAUCAGUUCAAUUCCAGUGAAUAUAUUAAACUCUUCAUCAAUUCUUCAUCAUUCAACUUCCUGUCAACCUAUAUCAUCUAAUCUAAAUAAUAUUAAUAAUAAUUUGUUAUAUCAACCAUCAUUUACAUGGUGUACUGUUGAUCCUACAAAUGGAAAGAUUAUCUUAUCAUCACAACUUCAACGUCCAUUAUCAUUGGUGAAAGUGUUGAAUAGUCGACCUCCAUAUAUUGAUCGAUUACUUCAUUUUUGUAAUGUUCGCUUGAACAGUAAUAAUGAAUCUUAUUCAGAGAUAAUUACUGCUGCUGCUACUGUCACGGAUCCAAGGAGACCGGUAUGUUCUUUGUUCAAUAUGUACAAUCUGCCUACUGCUAUGAUGUCACCUAACAUAACUACUACUGCUACUUCUACUACCGAUGUACCAGUACUAUUACAAGCUGGUAGUAAUAAAAAACAGAAUUAUGUGGAGGAUUCAACAAACUUCGAUACGACAAAUCAUCAGCUUACGACGAAUGUUUCCCGUUUACCUGUCGUCGGUGUUCGUCAUAAUAACAAUAAUACUACUACUAAUGAUAAUGGUGAAAGGAGACUAUCAACUUCCAUUCUUACACUGAAUCCAUUAAAUUCUGUUGCAUCCAAUCCUAUCCGAUUAGUAGUGAUGCCGUCAACAACUGUCGCAUCACUGACAAAUGUUCCAGAACUCGAUCAGUAUCCUCGACGUACAAGUCAGUUGUUAACUACUGUGAGUAUUUUGUCGACUCCACAAACCACACAGUGUCAACUCUUACCUCCUCCACCACCGCCGCCAGCGCCACCGCGGCCACCUCAUCAACGAGCUUAUCCUUCAACUAGUAGGAUUACAGACGCUCCACUUCCUUCACAUACUCUAACACUUAUGUCAUCAGUAGUAACAAUGACUGGAGACAAUACCAAUGAAAACAGCCAUCUGUCUCCUCUUCAAACGUCAUCACCACAAUCAGGACAUUUUAUCACAGAUAGAAUGAAUACACGAAAUAUUAUGAAUAGUCAAGGUGUAAAGCCUAUCAGACCGAACAGUUAUUGGCCAGUUCCUGAUGAAUUGCCAUCUGAUAAAUUACAGAGUCAUCACGACAGUAUUUCAUGCAAAGAGAAAUUAAACAGACCUAUCUCUGUUGGCAUAGUUAAACGAUUCGAUGGGAUGAUGAUGAAUAUUUUAGGCAAUCGGGAAAAACCAUCCAAUUGUCUUCGACCAACAUCACUUUCAUCAACUGAUUCAUUUUUAGUCGCUGAACGUGUAUGUGCCGCUUACGCCUCUGAAAUUGACGAAUCAAAGGAUGAGGAGGUUACUACUACCACUCGUACUACUGAUAAUAAUGUUAGUAGUCAAAAUGAUAAUACUCAAAAAUUGAAUAUUCGUAAUUCCCAAUCGAUUUACAAUUGGAGUCAUGUACAAAGCGCAAUUGAUAAACUUUCAUCCGUUCAGUAUUAUAAUAACAAGAAUACUAACCACAGUAAUGAUAAUGCCAAUAAUAAUAACGAUUUUGAUGAUGAAGAGGAGGAUAUUGAAGAUAAGAAAAAUAAUAUGAUAAACCCUGAUGCUAUAAGUCAUCAUAACCCUUUAUACACUGAUAAUGAAUAUGAAUCGAUGGCGGAAAGUCAAGGCAACCUGUUAGAUAUUGUUGAUCAUCCUAUUUCAUUCUCUGGUAAUAAAUCAAUAUCAAAUAACAGUAAUGAUAAUAAAGUCAACAGAAUAUCUCAUUCAGCAUUAUUUGCCACGCUGUCACAUAUUGAUCCUCGAGAUAGAUUUGUACACCAGCCGUCAACAGAUCAGACAGAGUGUACAACGCAGAAAGUGAACAUUUCAAAUGAUGAUGAUAAGAAUGUAAAUUUUCAAAUGAGCGUCAAUAAAUCAUCUGUAUUUCGUUCAGUAGUUAAUCCGACGUCAACUUCUGUCAUCGGUACAAAUUUCCUAGGAACUACUCAUCAACUGACGAACAAUAUGCCUUUUCAGAGUGCGAAUCAACCCUUACAAAGUGUAUUCGACUUUCCGGAUUAUCAACGUCCAUCAAGUCCUGGUGGUGGAUGUUAUCGCCAUGAAAAGAUGGUGAUGACAUCAACCUGUCAAAUUGGAACAGAUCGAUUAUCAUUAUUAUCAUGUCGUAAAACAGAUCAAGUAAUGAAACAACAAGUGGGGAACUCAAUUAAACGUUUAGAUUCUACAACAUCAUCAUCACCUAUUUCAGUCGCUGCAUCUUCAUCAACUGAUCAUAGUUUAACUAGUGAUCCUCGUUCACAUCAUGAAAUGAUUACAGCGACAGUGUUGGCAACAGCUGGUAGUGAUACUAAGAAAUCAACCCACUCCUCAGGAUCUAAUUCACAGCAUCUUCAUUCUCAGUCGAAUCGUUUCCCUGUCAUUGAGUCAUCGUGUGCGGAUCAUAUUGUUAUACCGAAUAUUUCUAAUCCAAGAAAUAUACACCCGGUUAAUCAUCAAUUUGUAAUGAAUGAGCCUAUGGAGCGUUAUGAUAUUCCUUAUAUACCACAUAAACACUCGAAGUUGACUUCAUCAAGAGAACCGGAAUGUUCAGAUGCUGAGUAUAUGGGUACAGCAUCAUUUGGACCUUUAAGUAUGGCUGUUUUAACAUCAAUGACAGAAGAUGGUCUUACAAGUUGUGAUGGUGAUGAACUAACAGAAGAUGAUGAUUGCCUUGAUUUAAUGACCGACAACAACGAUCUUCUACUACACAAUCAAAACUUUAUCAAUAAUCCACAUGAUAUGAAUGCCUAUUCUUCACGUUGGUACUCUGUGUCUAGUGAACAAGACAAUAGAAUUAGUAAUAAUACUCAUGACAAGGAUAAUGAUGAUAAGAAUUAUGAACAACAUGAUAAUAUUGUUGUUCAUGGGAUGAUGACUGAUAGCCUGUUAGCUAAUCCUGAUGUAGAUGCUGACGAUUCAGAAUUAGACGAGGAUUUCGAUUAUACACCAACAACUGCUGAACAAGUUGAUGAAGGCAUGGAUUCUCGUAUUUAUGACCAUCAACAGAAUAAUGGUCAGUUGUACUUAAAUCAAACUAAACCGGGAACGAAUCAAGCAAUUAUAAACACUUCAUGGCGUGAUCAUAUCACUAUGAGAGACAAUACUACUACUUCUACUAGUACUAAUCAAAAUACACCCAUGUUGUUAGAAGCUGCUUUACUGUCCACAUCUACAACACCCUUGUCACAGUUCGGCAUUGUUGACAGUAGUUCAAAUGAAAACUAUCCACAUAGCGAUAGUGAUAAAAAGGAACAAAGACUCGAUCAUUCAUUAUCAUCGUUUGGUCUUGACGAUUUGGGUAGUGAAGACUUAUUUGCUUAUCAUGGGCGUAUUGGGCAGCGCCUUGAUUACAAUCCAUUACAUAACAAUGAAUCAUCAUAUUCAUCAAGUAUUCAUCCUUCUUCAUCGAAAAACAACACACAUUCUCAUCAAAUUGAUGAGCAGGUGAAUAAGAAGUCUCCUAAUGCAAGAAAUUCUUCUCUACUGUAUAAUAACCUUGGACCAAGACAAGCUGUACGCCCAUCUUUACCAGAAGUAGCUCCAGUUGGUCUACCAGAUUUCUCGCAUCAUCCACAAGCAUCAUUAAUUAUGAUGCCAUGGUAUACAUCGUCAUCAGCUCCAUCUGAUAAACAAGUUAUCCCACCGUCAAGUCAUCCAUUUCUUUUGUCCUCAGCAUAUUCGGCGGCAGCAGCGAAUCCACGACCGAUGGAAGCAGCUGAUCUAAGCUCAGAUUAUGACAAUAUAUACGCAGGUUCUUUCCACCCAUCGAGUAAAUAUGCUUAUGGUUGUCGGUUUAAUCUUCAAAUAAAUAAUGCUACCCAUAUCACUUCUACUAUUGCUAGUAGUAGCAGUAAGCCAGCAGUAAUACCGACACCAACAUUAACUACCGCUGUAAGUGGGUGUGGAAGUCGUCGACCAGCCUUAAGAAAGUUGACUAAAGCUCAACAAAAUCAUACCAAUUGGCAGUUAAUUAUGCCUGGUGAAGAAAGUGAUGCAAUGAGCGGGUACAUAGGUGAUGCUGCUUCGUCAGUCUAUGAUACAGGUGAUGAUGAUGAUGAUUCUGACGAAGAUGAAGAUAAUAAUCACUAUAGAAAAAGAAACAAGUAG